UACUCCUAAAUUAUUAGUUUGUCAUUCAACACGCAACUACUGUUACGUUCGGCCAUCUUGAUUUAGUACGCGGCAAACAUCGAAGCGAGGGGCCGCGUCGCGUCCCGUCCGCGGAACGAAGAUUUGUGUUUUCGUAAAUAAAAGAUUGAUUUUACGCGAUGGUAAAUAAAUAUAAAAAAAAAACUAAGCAAGGGACGUGGGAGGAAAAUGCUAUGCAAACGGCUAUCAGUUUGUGCAAAGCUGGAGAAUCAAUAAAAAGCACAGCUAAAAAGUAUGGUUUGGCUUAUGCAACCCUGUAUAGGCAUGUAAAAACCGGCAUCGCUACUUCAAAACUUGGUAGAUUCCGUCCUGUUUUUACUGAAGAUCAGGAAAUAGAGUUGGUGACAUAUCUCAAAGAUAUGGAUUCUGUAUUUUUUGGCUUGACUCGAGAUGAAUUUAAACAUUUAGCUUUCAUCUACGCCAAGAAAAAUUUGAACUACCCGAAAAACUGGGACAAGUACGAAAAAGCUGAAGAUGAUUGGUUAUCGUCAUUUUUGUCUCGUCACGAUCAAAUAUCCCUCAGGACUCCAGAGGCAACAUCGGUUGCAAGGGCAAAAGGAUUUAACAGACGUGAAAUUGGACGUUUUUAUGAAAACCUUGAAGCUUUAACAGUAAAACAUGAUAUUGAUGCAUCCAGAUUAUAUAACAUGGAUGAAACUGGUAUAUCUACAACCACAAAUAAGCCGCCUAAAGUGCUAUCAACGAAAGGAAAAAAACAAGUGGGCAUAAUCGCCAGUGCAGGACGUGGUCAACUAACGACAGUCAUAGGUUGUUGUAAUGCCGCUGGUUCAUUUCUUCCACCAUUCUUAAUUUUCGCCAGAAAAAAGAUGCAACCCAGACUACUGGAUGGUGCGCCUCCCGGCACUCAAGGAACCUGUACUCCAAAUAGCUGGACUUCAGGUGAGGUGUUCUUUGAUCGGAUGCAUUUUUUUGUGGAACAUGUUCGACCUACCCCUGAGAAAAAAAUACUUCUAUUAUUGGAUAACCACGAGAGCCACAAGUAUUACCCAGCUUUAGAUUACGCCAGCAAGAACAAUGUCGUAAUUUUAUCCUUGGCCCCACACACAACUCAUAUAAUGCAGUCCAUGGAUGUAGCGGUCUACGGCCCACUGAAAACUUACUUUGAAAGGGAGGUAAAUUUCUUCCAAAAAUCGCACCCAGGACGCAUUAUAAAUCAAUACGAUGUAGCCAGACUGUUAUCACCAGCUUUUCUGAAAAGUGAAGUAGCUCAAAAUGCAGUUCAUGGAUUUGAAAGACCUGGUAUUUGGCCAGUGAAUAAAUAUGCUUUUGGUGACGAAGCUUACGAACCAGCCGCUGUGAUUGCAGGCACGUCUAUUAUGAAUAUUGGCACAGAAAUUACAAACUCAAUAGAAACGAUCGAUAUUCCCAGACCUUUUGCAGACACUUCUUCAACUCCAUCGCCUUCACUUCUUCAAGAACUGAUUCCAUCAAAUUCAGUAGAUCCUUUAUCAGAAAUAUUUCCAUCUCGAACCAGAACUCCCUCUUGUGAGUUUCAAGACUUUGUUGCGCCCAUUGUUAACACGCCUGAAAAAAAUCGUAGCGACGGGUGUACACCUGAACCAGAACCUAGAUGUUCUCGAAUUGACUCCGCUUUUGGGCCAGAUAUAGCUACUCAGAAAGGUGACGCAGUGCUGCCGGAAACUGAAGUAAAUAUUCGACUAAAUACUAGCCGUGACAACUCACUUGAUCCGAAACCGGGAUGCUCAGCCUCCCACUGCAGUCCCUUGAUGUUAAGACUUAUUCCAAAUCCUGCCAAACCAAUGACCACGCGUAAACGGAAAUAACAAAAAUCGGAAAUAUUAACCAGUACCCCGAUCAAGGAAGAUCAAAAGCAGAAAUAUGACAAAAAUAAAGUUAAGAAUAUUACUAAAAGACUGAAUGAUAAGUCAAAAAAUGUUCCUAAGAAGACUAAUACAAAGAAGACUAAUACAGAGAAGAAAGACAAAAGAACUGCUAAAAAGGUUAAACAGCGAGAGAAAAUGAAAGAAUUUAAGGAUAUUUUAUGUUUUUUUUUGCGGUGAAAUAUAUAUUGAAGAAGACGGUAAACCAAUUGAAAACUGGAUUCAAUGUGACAUUUGUCAACAAUGGUGUCACGAAGAUUGUUCUGCUUUUGAUGGCACUCAAGGGUAUACCUGUGAUAAUUGCCAAUCUUAAUUUUCUAAUUUUAUGGUCAAGUUAUGGUUUUUUUUUCAGUUUAUCAAAGUUAUUUCAGAGAUUGAAUAUGGGUAUUCACUUUGCCCAAGUACUGUGUUCACUUUACCCGGGGUACCGGGCAAAGCGAAUACUUUCGUACUUUUUUUAAAUUUUAAUUGCAGUUGAUUAUUGUUUAAAUAUUAAUGUUAACUGGUGUACGUAUUUGCAAGAGCAAUAAAUAAAGACUGAUUUGUGAUAAUUAUUUUGUUUUUGUAUUGUAUACCUUUUCUGCUAUAACC